UUUUUGACAAAAAAAUGGGUUGUUUUGGGUAAAAAAGAUGCAUCACAUUACGAGGUCGUUGAACCCCUACCCUCAUAUGGUCGAGGAAUUGAACUUCCCGGAGGAAGGUAUAGAAGCUUAAUAAAUGGAUAUAUGUUGGACGAUGUGGUAAUAACAGGUGAUAAUGGAACCAUUGACGGACAAGGCUCGGUUUGGUGGGAUUGGUUCACCUCACAUACCUUAAAUUAUAGCCGACCUCAUCUUGUUGAAUUUAUUGAUUCCAAGGAUAUUGUAGUGUCAAACCUAACUUUCCUCAAUGCUCCCGCAUUUAAUAUUCAUCCUGUCUAUUGUAGCAAUGUGCAUGUUCAGAAAAUUUCAGUCUACGCUCCACCAGAAUCACCUUACACUAUUGGCAUUGUACCAGAUUCUUCAGAUAUAAUAUGCAUAAAGAACUGUAGCAUUAGCACCAGUUAUGAUGCCAUUGCACUUGAGAGCGGUUGGGAUGAGUAUGGGAUUGCGUAUGGCAGGCCCACAACAAGCAUACACAUCAAACAAGUACACCUUCAAGCAUCUUCCGGUUCUGCUCUCGCUUUUGGUAUCCCAAUGCCUUACCCAUUUUGAAUCAGAUCACCUUGAAGAACGUGAUUGGCACGAACAUCACGGUCGCUGGAAACUUCACCGGUAUUCAAGAAUCUCCAUUCACUUACAUAUGCCUAUCAAAUAUUUCAUUACCAAUUGUUGCUUGCUCUUCUACUUAUUGGGUAUGUUCAAAUGUUUUGGGGUUCUCUCAAUUUGUGUUCCCUAAACCGUGUCCGGACCUUGACAGCUCGUUAUCAAAUUCUUCCUCCUUUGCUUGUUUUUCUCUACUGAGUUCCUAUGGUCAGGCUGCAGCUUUAAGAUAACCAUUUUCCGUACACCAAAAGGCUGAAAUUGUUUCGCUGACUAUGUCAGAUUCUUUCCAAUAAGACAUUUUUCACCUUGUGCCGCUUUGAAUUCUUGAAUGUUACAAUUUGCAGAUUUUGUACAGUACAUCCUCAUUUCUUCAUUCAUGUGUAAGGAAUUUUUGGUAGUUGAUUAUUUAUUCUGAAUUUGGUGCAUUACAUUAUAUUCCAUUGUAAACCUUAGAUGAAUAAUAUUGUGUUAGAUGUGAAAGCAGGGAUUAUGUGAUUGGUAUUAAGGGUGUUUUAGUUGUCCAACUAUAAAUAGAGUACAACCAAACCUAG